UACCCGAGCUUGUCAAACCCACUUGAAGUGGUCGGAGAUCAUUGCAGGUUGUGCGUUGUGGGCUCUGGACACUGCAGAGGGUGGGCGCCAAGAUGCUCGCUCUUCUGCCCUGUAUUUGUUCAAUUGCAGAUGAUUGAUUGAUUCUAUGAUUCUUAGUAGUAAAGCUAUGAUACCCUUUCAUCUGGCCCGUACAGAAACACCUUGGGCUCGAGACUGAGAACCGCCGAGAACGAGCGUUUGUGCAGAUGUGAUUUCAUCGCCUGUGUCCGAAUAUGAAUGUUUGUGUCGGGGUGCUUUCGUUGCUUGUGGGUUGUGUAUGCGAGUGUCUAGAUACUGUAACAAAAUUGUGAGGCGUGAGCAAAAAGAAAAGUUGGCAGACAGGCUAUUCCAUCAGUGGAACUGCCUGCUGCUUCUCCAAUUCUUCUUCAGCGGGCGUCUUGCUGAGGUUCAAAAUGGGGUUGAUGCACGUUAACAUCAAAACGGCAGCGGAUCCGAACAGAGUGGCCAGCAAGCCCCAUCCAGACGACCAUCCCAUGCUAGGAACGAUUUUGCUGAUUGCUGCAAAGAUGGGCGCCGAGAGGAGGAAUCCAAACCCGUCCAAAAAGCUGAUGACCACUGGCUUGUGAUCGCCGUAUCGUUGUGCAAUCAUGGCUGGGAACUGAAAGUACUGAAAGGAGAUGUUCGAGGCCAUGAUUCCAGACACCAGUGCCAAGGCAGCAGUCAUGGCCCAUCGAUUGGGGAGAAGUCCCGCUCCCACUUGUGACAAGGCAACCAAACCCAAGGUUGCCGAGAUACAAGCAACGUAUCGCUUCUUCAGAAAGUUGCGCUUGUCUUGCAGGGUAGCGCAUUUAGCAUACUUCUUGGCACCUGAGAUGAGUCCUUGGAUCAACCCAAACGUAAUAGUAAUGGUUAAUCCUCCUGAAAUUGCAGGUGGCAAGGAUGACAUUUCUUGAAAGAAUGUGCCGAGAAUACGAUCUGUUCCACGGCAGACAAAGGACAUGGAAUGCGCCAGACCCAGCAUCAAAAACAGAGGACUGCCUAGGACCGCCUUGAGGGAAUGGGCGACACUCUUCCAUUCAAAAGGCGGCUUUUGCUUUUGAACCUCUGCUGCAGCCUCACGUCCUGGUGCUUGAGAGAUCAACAUAGCCCCUCCAAAGGCCACAAGCGCACCCAGCUGAGCCACUAGGCGCCAGUGGAAGGCACUACUGAGGGUCAUUCCAAAAAACUUUGCCAGGAGCUGUCCACUGGUGGAAGACAAACCCAAGGCUGUCAAGGCAGCAGACAACUUGACGGGCUCCUUUGCAUAAUAGUUGGAAAGCAUGACGGCCAGAGAAGCCCAUUGAAUGGAUGCAAAGAACUCCAUGCCUGCAAAGGCGUAAGACAUGGUUUGGGCAUUGGUGGACAAUGAGAAGGCCAAUGAACAGACUCCCAAUCCGACCAAAUACGCAGAGCUGCAAAAGUACGAUCCCAGUUCUUUGCAGAUGAAUCCAUUCACAAACUUCCCCAAGGCACCUCCCAAAGAAGCCACGGAACUGAUACUGGCAACUUGAGACGCCACCAUGACAGUGGCAGCCUUUGCAGACAGUGACAUGGUGGUGGCAUGUUCAGUGGCAGCAAUGGGUACCAGAAGGACUGGCAACGACAGAGCCAUGACAUUGCACAGGUAAGAGACAAAAACAAUGCCGUCGAUGCGCUUGAGGAAAUGCUUCUUCUUCUUCUCCACAGCGGCAUCUGGUGCUUCCGGGAAAACGGCAUCGAUAACUUCUUCUUCCACUAGAGUAGCAGUCAUGGUACUGUUUUCUCCCCUGGGAAAGAGUCUUGGCCCCGUCGUAGCAACACUGCUCUGUUUGAGGGGCCGCCAUCGUCUUUCCCGUUGGGUGGUCAAUGCACGCAGUCGUGCUCCUCCACGCAACUCUUCCGAAGCCCCGGGGCUUCCUCCUCUUGGAAUAGAGGAUACCCGAGCAGAGGAGAAAGCUUCCGUGGCAACCGCAGGGCACAGGAACAGGAGCGCCAGAACCGUCAUGACCUUGUGGUGUGAAUAAUAACACUUCGUGGCUUUCAUUGUUUCUUUCUUGUUCUCUUGCAGAACUCUGUUAAAAGAAUUCAAAGAUAUGUUUUAUAUUAUGCGGUGACAAGGAGCUUCACUCAGCUCACUUCAGACAGACUACCUAGAAAAAUAAUGCGGAAGCGGAGUUGACGUUGACAAGACUCUCUAUUCAGAUACGGUAGAUCAAUCAAUCAACCAGAUGGUGACAUUCUGCUUUGGCAAUGGAUCUGCUAGCUGGCCAGCUAACUCCCUGUAGCCAUCUUGAAUUGGUGUCGGUGCUGUCGAUGUCAUCGUUCCUACAGGACCAGAACAAUGACAAGCGGCUAGUUGGAGUGGGCGUUGCAGGUGGAUUUUGCUCCACGUCAUGCUGAGCUCUUUCUGAGAACUAAUUGCCUUUUACAGCGGUGCAGCUCAAGCUGCGAAGACGCCAUGUAGUCUAAUCAAUUGCUUGAUUGUCUUUGCAGCAGAAGAAGCCAUGGGGUAAAGUGUGAAGACAGAUGUUACUAGUACCAUCUAUUAGUGUCUACCAUUGUAGUAGGUAGACGAACACAAUGGUCUGGCGUUGGGCGUGGAGCGAGUUAGUCCAGUUUUGGGGUCUGGAGUGGGUCCUGGUGCUGGCCCUGGAGCACUAGGUCCGGGGUUCAAUCCAAGUCAGGAACCUGAUAUUUUGCCUUGAGUGGGUACUGUAAAUGGAUCAUGGGUACGGUAGGACUUUGCACUUUGCGUGGGAACAUGUGUGGCCCUCGCUCAGAAAGGGACCAGGUGUGGGACUUGGAGCGGGUCCAGGAGUACGGGAGUUGGCACUGAAGCAAGUCCAGCAUUGGAGACCUGGAGUGGAACCAGUGGGGCCUGAAAAUGUGCCAGGAGUGGGACUUGGAGUGGAUCCUCAACCUGGUUCUUGAAUUUGUCCAGGAUUGGGGCUUGCAGUGUCGUGGGGUUUAGAGCGAGUGGUUGCUGCCUGGAAGGCACGAGGGGACUGGAGAUGGACCUAGUGUGGGGCUUGGCGUGGAUCAUCAUACUGGUCCUGUAAUUGGUCCAGCAUUUGAGGUUGGAGUGGUUCCUGAAAAGGAUUUGGUACCAGAAGUUGGUUUGGGAGUUUGUCCACGCCCUGGGAACCCUGGUUUGGGGCGGUCGUGAUGUUGGGUGUUGGCCUGCGAGUUGUCCCUUCUUUUUGAACAGCUACGCAAGCAUAGUAUUGGUUCUGUGUUGAUGCAAUGUGGUAAGACCUGGUGUUUGCAUGAAGAUGCAGCUCAAAGUGUUUGACGACGUGUAGCAUCGUCCGGGUUUGAAGGGGUUCUGUCUUCUACAGUGCUCAGGUUUUCUAAAAUGCAACAAAUACUGCUUAGUAAGCCAACAUUAGUAACUACAAAGGCUUAGAUCUCAACACAUUGAAAAGAUAAUGCUUGGAGUUGGGCCCUGGCGGUAGCAAGACACUGGAGCUGAGGCUUGAAGGUGAUUCUUUGGUGCCAAGCUUCUGACAUGAAAGCACAACUCAAUCGAACGAUAGUCCCUCUUGUUUAUAUAACCUGUUUGACGAAGACCUGGAAAGGAACCCUCUUUAUUUAGACGACAGAAGCUUUGGCGGACCUACUCUUGCGGAAGAGUCCCCAACUUUUCCUUUUCUUCUUUCCAUCCUUGUUUUUGGCCGCCUUGGCCGCCUUGGCAGCUUGGAGGCUGUUGGUGGGGGUGCUUUUGUUGAGCGUGUUUGUGGAUGCCUGCAUGGCAUUGGCAGGAGGCAAGACCGGUUCCGACUGAGUCAUCCUGGGUGCUUCAUUGUUGCUGAUUUCCAAAGGAGUUCCGGUUUCUUCGGCCUUGGCAACAGCCUCCUCGGUGACUUCGGCAUCUCCUGAUUGGGCCACAUCCCCUCCCUGAGCAGCACCCUCUGUUGGAGCUGCUGUCUCUUCCUCCUUAGUUGAUUCCUUGAGCUCAGAAGGAGGAUCAGGCCUUUCAAUGGCAACCUCCAUGGCAGCGGGGUUGCUGUCAUCGCUGCACGAUUCAGUGUCGGCAGUUUCGACAAUUGGGGUAUCCUUCACCGGUGUCGUCGUCGAUGUCGCGUUUUCAAUGACGCUCAAGGACUUGAUUCUCUCCAUUUCAGACUCAUCAAUAUCUUCCAAAUCAGUGAAGCAAAAGGCACGUUCCAGCCCCCCGCAAAACUUUAGGAAACCCUGGGCCACAUCAUCGUCCGUGUCGGCACACUGUGCCUGAUCACAGUCUCUCGUCUUCAUGGCUCCACAUGGAACAUCAGUAAACAGCAAGGAGGGGAAACCGAAUUAUCUAAAAAUGCUAACAAGCAACACAAUGCAAUGAGGAUGGACAACUAACUUUUGCGGCAAUCCUCUGAAGGCUCGGUUGAUGAGGUGGUUCGCUUUUUAUGGCGGCCGAUCAAGCCCUUGCUGCUUCCUACAUAGACUUAUCCUCACGAUUUUUGGCAAUGGCGCACCGCAAACUAUGCCAACGACCAUGCGAGUUGAUCUUCUCGACAAGAAAGAUGAGGCUGUAUUGAACACCCCCAAUUUUGGCUUCUCAUUCUUGUUUUGUUUUCGUCGGCCAUCCUCUUUGGGUACCGAAAGGUGCCCUAUUUAAGGAGAUGGUACUUAAGAAGUCUUGGAAAAUGGCUCUCACGCAAGACUCAACAGCAUAAAGAGCGGCGACCAACCUCUGGCCACAGAGCUCAGGGACCUCAACAAAAAAGCCGAACCCAAGGUGCGCUCUUGCAUUUCUUCAAAACCUAACGGCACCACUCCGAUCCCAUAAAAUAACCCACAGCAGUUGCAGGACCAUUGAAGAUGUUGGCAUCAUUGUAUGGUCUACGCUCUCUAAGAUCUGAAAAAAUCGUGACAACUCUUCAUCUAUUGGAGUAGCUAGUAUGAUAGUCUUUUUAUUUAGUAACCAUACAUGUAGCUGUGGUUUGCUUCUCUGGAGGUGCCAUCGGCAACAUGAAUGUCAGAGCUGUUCUAUUGUAGUAUGUGACAACUCUGGAGCCGUGGGAAGAGGCUUGGCCCUGGCUUGAUUUAAAGAUUCUUGCUACUGCUACAUAACAUCCAGUUCAAUUGGGUGCGCGGCCUCCCCCGUCUACGGUACUAUCAUACGUUUAUCCUAUCACGUGAAGCAAAGCAAGCUUUCCAAGUAACGACCUAUCUCCGCCUCCAUACUACUAGCGCAGUUUCGGAGCGAGUUUGCUCCUUGCUAAGUAGUUGAAUGCCACACCGGUGCGUACCAUGGUAGAUUUUAAGAUCGGAUGGGUGCACAGCAGUGAAACAUUUCGCAGAGGUAAACUAGUCAGUCAUACGGUACGGAGUACUAGUCUAGUAGUCUGUUGGCUUCGUACCGGUGCUAUGAUUUCUAUAGUUUUUUCUGAACAGUUUUACAGUAGCAUAGCUAUUCCUUGAUUGCUUCGGUUCAUUCGAAUGAUUCUAUUUGCUACGCCCCUUGCCUUUAUUGUAGUACCCUCUGGGAGCUCAAUACCAGUGACGUCGUCCCACUCCAACUACUUGUGCCUUGUCGCUCGUUGCCCAACCGCGUUCGAGGGACGUCUUUUUCUCCUGUUUGCUUUCUUACGACGACGACGACGACGACUCGGAGAACAAGCACACCAUGACCUUGUUCCCAUUGACGACAAUGCUGGGGUGCUGCGCGUGAUCCUCCAAUGCCGCCGCAACCACGCCAACGGCUCGAGCUUCUCUCAUAAUGUUGUGAAAGGCUCGUCGAGUGGCUAGAUUGCCCAAAAGUCCACACCCCGCCACUUGAAUCUCCGUGGCCGUGGAAAAGUCCUUCAUGGUCUGUACGACUCGCGCAAUGCCAUCCAAUUCCAGAACGAAUCGUUGCAUCGAUCGUCCCAGCAUGUCGUCGUCAUCUUCACCUCCACCACAAGGCGGGGAAAGCGUAUUCAUGAGAGCAUAGCACGCCUGUUUCUGGACCCCUUGAGAGCUCGGAAAGACCGACAUUGCAUUGAGGGCGGCUUCCACGGCACCGCACUGGAGCAACGUGUUUCGGCCAUGCGGAUCGUUUUGGCAGGCAAACGCCAGCAAACAGAUACAGCUGCAUCCAUCCUUCUGCACGCCCUUGUGGUGCUGGAACUUGCGCAUGACCGUGAGCACGACCACGGCAGCUCCGAGUUGGUUGGCUUGUUGACAUUCGGACGCCUCCUUUCGUAGGAGUUCCGCGAGCUUUGUCAAUGCACGAGCCACAUUGGCGGCAUUGUCUUGUGCCAAAUCGACCGUCAAGAGUUGCGCAAGGACAUCGAGCUGAGGAACGAGAAGGACCGCUUCCGUGUUCUUGUUUAUCGUGGAUGAUGCGACAGGACUUGUACUGUGCGUCUCGUCGGGCUGCGCAUUACGUCCAUUGAUAUGCGGGUCCUCUUCAACCUUGACGCGAACGCUAGUAGUGGCCGUACUGCCACCAUUGUCUUCGCAGACACGACGGCGCUUGUUAGCAGAAGACGAUGCCAUGGAUUUCAUGCUGUUUUGAUUUGAUGCAAUGUAAAUCUUUUUGAGAGAGCGAAACUUUGCACGAACCGAGACUCGAGAGACCACGCGUGUGUCAUACACGAUGGCGGCAACGUGGAGUUCAGCGUUGGGCACUCUCAAGAGUCAAUGAAAAUCUAAAAGAGGAAAGUGAUACCCAUGAAAAUGAAACACGCUGACAAGCUACGAUACCAGGUAGCUAACUAAUAACUGAAGGAUACUUCUUGCUGGUUGGCCGUCAUGUUGCGGUUUUCGUGUGUUGUGUCUCUCAUGGCGGCGGCAUGCCGUUUGUUCGAGCCAUCAUUGUUGGCUCCUUUGAGAAAAGUGGGGGCGGUCGGCGUGCCCGAGAGCAACAAUGACGCUCUCUAAAUCCGGAACCUGCCUUGACAAAUAACUGCCAAUUUAUUUUGUUCGCGCUUCACCACAGGACUGCUGACUAGCUCGGUAAAAAGUAAUAAAGGAGAAGAGGAAGAAACAUCAUCCUCCAUCAAGACAGAAUUAAGAGGUAGACAACACCAUGGAGACUUGUCGCCUCCGUGCCUGUGAAGCACUGGUGGAAUGCUUGGCCAACAAUGGCAACAGGAACAUCACUUUGCCAGAGAGGAGCGAACUACAGGAAGCAAUGAGUGUACCCGCCCAUCUCGUCUACAUUUACGGUCUUGUCGUCACCGUCGCAGAGGAGUCUCCUCCUGUAUAUACACCGGCACAAGAAUCCUUAUUCACAUCUCUUCAGAAGCUUUAUAGUCUUCAGGUAAUAGAGCAGCAACUCAAAGAGGAAAAGAGCAAUGACAGUCAUGAUGACGAUGAUGAUGUUCCUCCUCCACCAACAUCUCCUCCCAAGAGUCGGGCGUUUCAGUUGAGUCCUUCAUUGAAACCCACCGAUGCCGAUCUACAACGAAUUCACGAGGAAGUAGAAACCAUGAUGGCGGAUCUAGAAACUCAGGCACAAGUAGCGGAAGACGAAUUGCGGGUUUUGGCGGAAGCGGAAACCAACAAGACGAGCAACAAAUCGUCGGAUAGACAUCAACACCCAAAGAAGACCCCGACAAAGAUCACCACAAUGGCAAAGCAUAUCCGGGAGGAAUCCAUGACCCCUCGAACGUGCGAAACACUCGAGCAGGUAUUGGCUCAAAUUCAACCACAAUCUAGCGAAGAGGACAACAACAACAACAAUCAUGGAUGGGUCACUGUCACCAAAAAGCCCACCAAACCCAUUCUUCACCUAUCAAGAUCUAGCUCGACGCCUACCAAAUCCAAAGCAAGAGUGAGCUUUGUGGCCGGAGAUUGCUUUGUGGAAAUGGAAAAUCAGCGGCCAGUAGUGCCUCCGGCCAAGGCGGCUCCAGCUCCCGAGACCAUGGUCAAAACCAAGACGGAUCAAGGAGCAGAAACCGUGGUGAACAUCAAACCAGAGGAUGAUGAGGCGUCAUUUGUGGAGGAACCCAAAGUAGAAGUCACGUUGGUGGAAGAAAAGAAGGAAGAGGAGGAAGACCAACAACCAAUCGAACCAAUCGUAGAAGUGGACGAAGAGGAGCAUAAUGAGAAACAGCGCAUUGACGUGAAUGAGGACGACAAGGAAGAACAGCAACGGGAAGGCGAGGAGGAAGCGAGACAGCAAACUGACGAUGUUGAAGAUGAGGAGAUACAAAAGGUCGAGGGAGCAGAGGAGGCAAAACAACAAUCAGAAAUUGAUGACCAAGAAGAGCAGCAGCAAAGAGAUUCUGUCGAAGUGGAACAUACAACUCCAAAGCAGUUGGAGAUGGAAGUUGAGAUGGAAACAGAACCGGUCCAGCCACCAGUGGUCAAGCAGAGCGUCUCGGAGCUAUCUGGCGUUGCUGAAGAGGUCCUGGACAGCAAGGACGAAUCCGACAAUAACAAGAUUCUGAAUCUAUUGGAGCAACUCCAGGAUCGAGUUGGUCAACUAGAAGAGGCUUUGGCCAUGAGUGAACGGCACUUUCAGACGCAGAAAGAAGAGCAUGCUCGCGAGCUAUUCAAAGAAAGAGAACAGGCGGAGGAACGACAGCAAGCACUGCAGCUUCGUUUGUACAUUAGUGAAACCAAGCUCAAGACCUAUGAAGAUGCCUUGGCAGAACAUGUCAAGGCGGUUGCCAGCAACACGGCAACGGGACCUGUUUCGUCGUCGCCGGAUCGAGCCCCUGGCACAUUGCAUCCCGUGGAAGAGUCGCCUGGAAAACGACCUUGGGAGUCCUCUAAAGAGUAG